AUGGACCAUAGCAUGCCAGGCUACUCUGUCCAUGGAUUUUUCCAGGCAAGAAUACUGGAGUGGAUAGCCAUUCCCUUCUCCCAGGGGUAUUCCCAAUCCCGGAUUGAACCUGUGUCCCCUGCAUUGCAGGCAGAUUCUUUACCAUCUGAAUCACCAGGAAAAACCUUUUUUAUGUCUUAUUCUCCCCAGUUAUUAAAAACUCUUUUUUGUUUAAGUAGGCUUGAUUCAGAUUGGUCACUGGUGUUAGAAAGUAUCCUAACUAAUUUAUACUUUAGGUGGCUUUCAAGUCUUGCCAUUAUAAAGAGCACUGGGAAGACACUCAGUGGAUAUAUUUUCUGCAUACGUGCCUGCUCUAGUUCCCCAUAA